AUGAACAAAUAAAGUUAAAUUAAAGCAACCAUAGACAUCUUCAACGAUAACUCGCUGCCAAAUUUGAAGUAAUCUCAACUUUCAAAGACGUAGUCCUAAGGUAACUUCAAUGUUAGCAAACUAUCUACUCAACUGAAUACUAAAGACAUCUUUACCCGAGGCAAUAGAAACCAUAUCAAGGGAGGGAACAAUUUCUCUAUGAAGAAUACAAUGUCUAAGGUUACUAAUGAUACAACUAUGCCAGAAUAUUCGAAUGAGUUCUCAAGUGCAGUGGAUAAUCUUCCUUCUAUCGAUAAUGGUCGAAUACAAAUUGAAUAAUCUGGUGAAAGCAUUAUACAGAACCCUACUCGUGAAACAGCAGUCCCUGAUGUCAAUGUUGAUAUUCAAAAUACUAGUUAGUUUAUGAAUGUAGAUAAAAGAUCAAUUAUUUAAAGAGGCUCUAUAAUGUCUUAAAUAAAUAAAUAAUCUUCAACCAAUUUGAUUGUCGAAAACGAUCGAGCAAAUCCAAAGAAAAAGGUUAGAAUGAGUGUUGUUAUUGACCAACAAAUGUAAUUUAACAACCAACUAUCGAAAAUUUAGAGUCAAAAGUCAUUAAUGUAGCAAGAUGGAAGUGUGAGGAUUUUGGGUGAUCAUAAAUCUAAGACUAUUAGGAAUUUAGAAAUUGAUAAGCAAUCAAAAUAGUCGUCAUAAAUUGUAUCUCCCCUUUCUAGGAAAUACAAUGUGAGACACCAAUCGAUGCAAGGAGAAUUAAAAUCUUAGGAGGAAUCAGACAACAGCAGUAUAGCUGAGGAGGGUGAGCAAGACGGGAAAAAUAAAAAAACUUUUAAGCAUAUGACGACAAUUAAGGCUAAGAAAAGUAUUUCUGCACUAGAUCAAAUGGCAGCAAUCUUUAGUAAACCCUUGGAUGAGAGAGAAAAAGCUGACAAAGAUAAGAUUGUGCAGUUUCUAAGAAAUUGCGUACCUUUUCUAGCAAAUAUUCAAUUACCAUUGCUCUAUUUAUUGUCUGAUAAACUUGAGCCACUUACCUUAAAGCAAGGUGAUAUAAUUAUGAGAAAGGGUGAUGAAGCUGACUGUAUGUAUAUUAUUUACGCUGGAGAAGUUGGAAUAUUUUUUGAUGUGGACUGUGCAACUCCAAUGUUUUCAUCAUGUAAGCCAAACCAGGUCUUUGGUGAAAAAGCUCUGGAGAAUAACAACAGAAGAGGUGCAAGUAUUAAAGUUUUAAUAGAUUGUAAACUCUUAAGACUCAAGAAGCUGUUUUAUCAAUCAAUAGUUUAAGAUGUUAUUGCAAUGUAGAAGAUUUAAGCACUUGAAUUCCUAAAAACUAUUGAUAUUCUGAAGGGAUGGUCCCUAAUUAAACUCUAAAACCUAAAUAAAGAGCUAACUGAAAAGAACUACGCCCCAGGUAACAUUGUUUAUCAGUAAGGUGAUGAGUCCUCUGUCUUUUACAUAAUAAAGAAAGGCUCAGUUGUUGUAGAAACCGUAAUAGAUAUUGAUGAGUACAACAGAUAUCCCAUUGAUAUUAAAACUUGGGAAAUAGUCAAGAAAACUAAGAGAUUUAGGUAUAAGAUUUAAGAGUUGGGAAAGGCAUCAAUAUUUGGACACAACGAACUGAUACUCAAAGUCCCCAGACAAACAACAAUUAAAGCUUUAGAAGAAACAACAAUCCUUUAUUUAAAUAAAGAAGUCUUCGAGAAUCAGAAUGUCAUUGAGGAACAAGAUAUGAAGCUUAUCAAAGGCUAAGUAUCACCGAUAGAUGUUGAAAAGAUUGCACUGGCUGUACUUUCAAUCAAGAACAAUGCUAAACAAAGAACUGAUGCAAUACUAAACGCUACUUAGCUUAACCUACCAAUAGAUACUACAAGGGAUUUUGGAAUGCUUAACAGACACAAAAGCUAAAUCUUCAGACUGAAAGCAUGGCAUGAAAAGAUCAGAACAGUAAUGGAAAGAAAUAAUUCCUUAUCCAAGACUUCCUAAGCACCCAGAAAGAACUAAGAUGAUUUGCUUGAUGACUCUGAUGAUGAAAAUUAAAACUAUCUUAAUGAGGAACUUAAAAAGGUCAAAAUCCUGAGAAUCACUUAAAAGAAAAUGAGAGUUAGUGGAAACGAAUAUAUCAAACAACAAGAUGUUUUAAAUACGGAACUUAAGCAUAGAGUAAGAUUGGCUACUAAUAUUCUUGCCUCGGAAUAUUGA